AUGGAACUUGCGUCUUCAUCACCGGUCUCAUCUCCUGCUCGACUAAGCAGUCCCACUUUCACCAGCACUACAUCAAGCAGUGCGACCCGUGUAGAAUUAACUCCCUUGGAGUUUUAUAAGAAGGUUGACUACCCUGAGUCACCCCAUAUAAUGGCCACUGAGCUCUUAUCUGGCUCUGACUGUUUACUUUCCCCCAAGAUGUCCCCCUAUCCUCCAGGUUCUCCAAACUGUCGCUUUUCCCCGGUGGAAGAGCUUCCGUACCUUCCUGAUGUAAAGGAAAGCCUGUUGUAUCAGCCUGACAGUUUCCAGUCACAAAGGUCACUUUCUCGGGCAGCUUACUUGCGUGAGAAGCCAUCCAAGAGGCAUGUACCAUACCCUCCCAGGCCAAGUCCACUGGAGCUUCGGUUUGCAAACCGCGUGACAGGGCGAGUACGCCAACCUGACUUUACAGCUGAACAACUGCAAGAGCACGAGGAUGCAAUAUCCAGUGGCCUCUCACAGAUGAGCUUUGGUACAUUGUACAAAGUGUUCAAGGCAGUACUUGCUGGUUGUGAGGCUGCUCGCCAUGAAGUAGCCACAUCGUUAUGGCAGGUUGAAGCCUCAGAGCGCAUGAGCGCAUUCAAUCAGGCGCUUCACCAGGAGAACAAAACCCGGCUUUUUUUGAAGGACGAACAGCUGAAGAAGAUUAGGAACAUUUUUUCCGAGCGUGACCACACGGAAAUCGACGAUGAUACGAAUUACAAUCAAGCCGUCUACAAUGAUGAAUGCGAGAUACUUCGCGCCAUCACCGCCCAAGCAGAGAUAAUCUCAAACCACCUGGGCUCCAGCGCCAGACGUGAAUUAUUGGCAUCUACCAGCGAAACUACCUACCUCCCUCGUUUUGUUGGUACUCUGAAAAAUAAGGACAGUAUCACACGUGCGCUGGGGGGUGGUUGUACGGAGGCCGGUGUCAUCACCGAUACCGACACCGAUACCGACACCGAUACGGAUUCCGGCGAAGAUGAUGCUUCAGUCGGGCAGCCCGGCCAGCAGGACUGA